AUGCGUCCGCGGUUUCUGAGGCUGUACUCGUCGGACGGACAGCGGAGUACUCGGUUGGAAUGCGACGAGCAGACGACGUGCGCCCUCAUCUGUCAGCAGUUCUCUUGUGACGUCAUCACUCUUCAGAUUGGCAACUAUCACUUUCGGUUCGUUUCUUUUAUGAAAUCGUGCACAGUGUUGUCUAGUUUUCUGCACUUCUGAAAUGCGCUGUGUUUAUCUAAAUACAUUCAUUCACAGUGAAGGCCUUUUGUACUGUAAAAUAGAACCUUAGAAUCCAUAUAUCUUUGUUGAAAAAAGGUCUUCAAAGAUGAAAAGCAUCGCGCGAUUCCAAUAAAUCACAUCUCCUCCGUUUAACGCGCGUCCAAUUCAAUUCCGUCCGUUUGCAGACAGCUGAAAGCGGACACGUCUCCUCUGGCGAUCCUCCACGACUUCUGCCGCAUUCUGGCGAUGUCGGAAGAAAGCGGAGAGACGAGCGGCGCGGCACUUGAAGAGAUCCUCUCGUACACGGAUUCGCCCGCAUUCAGACACAUUUUCAGUUUCUUUUUGGGCCGACCGAGGAUCCGGGCGAAAAGCACUCUGAACUCAGACAUUCUGAGUGAGGAAGUCAUCAUUCGGAAGGGCAAGAUCAUUCACACGUGGCAGAAUGCGAGGGCGGUAUUCUAUAACUCGAACAUCCGAUUGCAAACAAGUGAGUUCAUCUGUGAGCUGCUGAGCUUUAACCUUCGAACAUUUCAGAGAAUAAUCAAGAUGAGGCACUGCAAAUCAGAAACAUGAAAGUGGAUGUGUAUGAUUCCAAACGAGGUUUCCCAUCGAUAUAGUCUUCUGACCGUGCGAACCUUUUUGCAGGGAAGUCUCUCCGACUACGCGACGACGACGCGUGCUAUCUGAUCUUGUUCCAACGGCCGAACAUCCUGCAAGCAUGGCUCUCUCGGGCUCAGCAAGUGGAGAAGAGCAGCCACGUGGAUGCCAGCGACGAGCAGCUCACACUGAUUCCGGAGCAAGUUAUGAGCAACGAGGCUCGCAUUCAAGUGCUCAAUCUGCGAAGGAACUCUCUGAUAUCCCGCCCGCCGACGGAGAAAUCAAUGACUCCGCUAGGGUACAUUGACGACUUGUACCGAGUGAACACGCUUCAAGUGAUCGACCUUUCUGCCAAUCAAAUCCUUUCGUUUCCCAUCCAACUCACUCUUCUUUCGCAGCUUCGUCAGCUGAAUCUCUCCUCCAAUUACAUAUCCUCGGUGCCCAGUGAAUGCUCAAACAUGCGACGACUACAAUAUCUGAAUCUCUCAAACAAUCAGCUCGAUUCCCUUCCCGAUUCCCUUAGUGAAUGCCAAAGUUUACAAAGUAUUGAUAUCAGUUUCAAUCAGUUCUCACAGGUAUCUCUUUUCCGCUCUUUCCGUGAAAUCUUCCCUUUCAGAUUCCCAAUUGUCUCUUCCAUUUGCCUUUGGAUAUGUGGAGACUGGCAGGCAACAACAUUGAAAAGAUCGAAAGAGUCGGGGAAAUGCCCAUCGAGAGGAUCGACCUGCGGAGGAACAUUCUCAGCACGUCCUUCCGGUUGGACAUUGAGAAUGUGACCCAUUUGGAUCUCAGGGAUAAUGCUCAAGUGUCCACAGUUCAUUUGACCAACUUACGCUUUCUCAAGGUACUCACCGGAGAAGAGUCUCGGGAUCAUUCCAAUGUCUUUCAGGUGAUUCACUGCGAACGCCUCCAGCUGACCAGUCUUCAUUUGAGCGGAGAUAAUCUGACACAUGUAUAUGCGGAUCACAACUGUCCGUUCGGUCUGUUCUUCUGAAUCUUAAUUCAAUUGUUUCAGUACUGGAUUCCCUCGUUGUGAUGCCCCUUCCCGAGCAUCUGCAAACCCUCUCCGUGGCUUAUAAUCACUUUCGGAGCCUUCCUGAUUGGAUAUGUGACUGUCCCAAUCUGACCUUUCUGCGAGUCAACAAUAACCAGUUGGUCUCGCUUCCAGAAAGGUCCGUCUCGCUUCGUGCUCCGUGCCAACUUCCCUUCUUUCCAGAACAUUCUUCUCAACUUCUCUUCGGUCCAUUUUCGCGUUUGUCAAUGAAAUCGACUGUUUGCCCGAUUUUGGCGAAGACAACCAUCUGGAAACAUUGAUACUCUACAAGAACAAGCUGACUUCUCUUCCCAAACAUUUCUUCUCUUAUGUGCCAAAGUGAGACUCUUUUUAACUUAUUAGACUUAAUCUCGAACUGCAGACUGCGUCAACUGAACAUUUCAUCGAACUUUAUUGAAAUCUUGCCAUAUUGCGAUGGUUCUUCUUUCUGCCGACUUCAGGUACGAACGCAGUACGCUCCUGAAAGAAGCACACAAUGCAAUUAAGAUUCUGCGAGCAGCCAACAACAGUCUGACCGAGAACAGUGUGCCGGUGAUUGUGAGCAUGAAGCAUCUGAAGAUUAUCGAUCUCAGUCACAACCGAUUGAAUUCCUUCGAUGACAGCGCGUUGAGCUCUUUGGAAUUGCUCGAAGAGCUCAAUCUGAGCUCGAACCGUCUCACCAGACUGGCCGAUUGCCUCGCAUUGCUACCGAGUCUUCAGGUGCUCAGAGCUCACUCGAACCAGCUGGUCCACGUGCCAGAACUGCAGAGUUCCAGCCAACUUCAUGUAAGUGAACCGAAGAUUGAAGAUGCAAAUGGAGGGUUCUUUCAGACUAUCGAUGUGUCCUCAAAUAAUAUUUCCCUUGGAACGCUACAGUUUAAAGCUCCGCCCACUUUGCGACACUUUGACGUCACCUGCAAUUCCGGAGACUUUGAUACAGAAAACUUUCCCGACAAUGCGGAAAUGCAUUCGAAAAUGAACACGAUCAACAUAGCAGAAGGCACACAGAAUCUUCAUGGUUUUCAAGUGGGAGUGUCCGGAUCAAGAGGGAUGAAAAACAAGUGAGUUCACGGAAAGGAAGGGCGGAAGAGACUGAAGACGUUCAGACAGUGCAUCCGGCAGAUUCGGGUGGAGAACACGUUCGCGUUCAUCGACGGAGGCUCCAACUUUUACAUGUCCGCCUCGAUUCUCCGGUUUCUAACGCAUUAUUUGAGAGAGAAUGUAGGCGUAGAAGACUUUUGUGAGCGAGAAAUACUUCUGAAAUUUCAGAUUGAAGUGGACAUUCGAUCGAUUCUUCUGCGAUGUCACUGUGAAUUGGGAGAAGAGGGCGAACGGUUGGGAGCCAGUGAGUUGAAGGAAAUACAGAAAAAAAUGAGAGCAAGAUAAUGGAUUCAGGUGUCAUGAUCAUCAGAAUAACUGAAAAGAAGCUGGAGAUUGCAUCGACGGGAACUAUGAGCGCCGCCAUUGCCAAGAAUCGAGAGCUGAAAAUGAUGUGAGUCGGAAAACGGCAAAAUGCGAAGUGCGUGUGUUUUGUUUUCAGAAUAAAUGGCCGUUAUGAGAUAGACGAUGACGAGUACUCUCGAAUAAGAGAGGCGCACGGAUUCGUGGACGAAGAGAACCGGAUAAACGGAGUGAUCGGAUCUUCCCGACAGAUCGGACACUUCUCCACUUUCCCGGUUGUCCUACCCACGCACUGCUACAAGAGUAUUCGGGUUGACGAGCUAAUCGAGGGGCUGAUUGUAGCGAACGGGGUCGUUUGGAGCAUGCUCUCAAUGGAGGACAUCAACAGUCUCUUUCAUAAUAAUCGCAGUCCAAUUGUGGUGGCCAAAAAGAUUCAGGUGAGAGAGAGAGAGAGAACGAAACUGUUCAAGAUUAUUGGCUAUUAUAGGAUCAACUGCAAUCGUUCGACUAUGGCGGCAACUCUAACAUUCUGGUUCUUAGGAGGAUAAAACCACAAAUGACAUUCUCAGGGUUCUCAACAUUAUCAGCGUCUUCCUCCAACUUACCAACACCUUCAGUCGCCAAACAGGUUCCGAGAAUAGAUCAAGAGUAAGGCAUUACCUUUUGCAGUUCGAAUAACUUUGCAAUUUCAGAUUGGUACUUGCUGUGCCCGCCCUCGUGCUCCCUGAAUUCCAUCCGUUCCCACCCGCUCCUCCCGCUCCAGAGGGGACCGCUCCCCCGAUUCCGGCCGUCCGUCACCGGACCCCUUCGCCGCCUCCUCCGCCUCUUCCGUUGUCAACCCCUCCUGCGGUCUCUUCGGAACUCGACGAAGUUAACAUUCAUUCGAGCGCAACACACUCCGGAUACAUGCUUUCGAUCGAUCGAUUCUACAGCAGCAGCAGCAGUACGAUCUCUUCUUCCAGAAGACAAUUCAAUGAAACAAGGGAUUUAUUGAGCAAAUCUCUCAAAUUGAGUCCUCCCAACACGGUUACGUUCAACAUUUAGUUGUGAUAAAUGAAGCAACCUGGUGCCAUUACUAUUUUCAAGGAAACUGAUAUAAAAUAAAGAGUACAUCGAGAAGGUUUUCACCAAGUUGCCCACUGCAAACCGAUCCCUCAGCUGUUCUGCCAUUUCCCAACUUUUCUGAUUUUUUGUUGUAUGUAUUCGUUUUAGGGUUGGCAACGGGGCGCCUUCUCGCCCCGCAUUACUAUAGGGGGGCGAAGAGGGCGCCCCCGCGCCUCACACGCCCCGUUUGCCCCCGGGCCCUUAAAGUGUAAUUAAAAUUCUGAAAAAAAUUUAGUAGAUUAAUGAGUUUAUUCACUAUCGACGUGCGUUGAGAACAUUUUUGGAGGGACACGACUAGGAGCGUGGCAAGGAUUAGAAGCGGGUAACGGAGGAGUCAAAUAAGAGUAUAACAUCCGGCUUCUUCUGCAACAAUCACGAGAGUACAGAAUUUCGCUGUACAUUGUCUUGAUCGACUACCAAAAGGCCAACGGCAGUGUAGCGCGUUUUGAGCUGACUUGUCGCCCUGGCCCUUCUCUUUCUCGCCCUAUUACGCAGACAUGCAACCAUCCUCUCGCUUUCACCCCAUCUUCCCUUCUGUUUCCAUCAUUUUCAGACUAUUUUAAAGCAAAUGAAUGUCACCAAGUCGGAAAUGUUACUUUCAUACCUUUCUCAACAGCAACGGACACUCCAGGAUCUAAUAGUAAGAGAAUCGUUCUGUUCCCGGCAGUCACCGGCGCUACCUCGCCGUUUCUGUCUUAUCGGACAGACAUCAAACCUCCAAGUCCUUUCCGCUCCUCGCUUUGCCCUUUCUUUCUGUCUACCUUGCUCUCAAAGACGUUUACAAAGUCAGUUUUACAUCUUCAGGUUGUUUCAACGUAUAAAAAACGUAGGUUGUUUCUCGGCAGUCCACUGCGCCGAUAAAAGGUCCCCACCGUGCGCGCAAUUGAGUCAGAAGGUGAGAUAGAGCGGUAAAGAGAAGGGUCAGGGCGACAAGUGAACACGAUUCGCUCUGAUUCGUCUGUGUCUUAAAAAGCCUGAAUCUGGACAGAGAGAGCGGUUCGGUUAGUGAUGAAAGCAGAUGGAGCAAGCAAGCUGUCCGGUCGAGAACGCGAAAAAAGAGCGACUGCGGCGCAGUCGAGUGCCCAAAUGGAUAUGUAUAUAUAUAUAUAUAUAUUUCUGACCAAUUUUGUAUUCUGUAUUAGAAAUAAACAGUCUUUAUGAACAAAUUCAUCUGUCAUUUCAGAAUUGCAUCUUUUAAUGAGGCCGUCUGUGAACUUCUGAUGGAAACAGUGAUUUCGUGAUAAUUAUUUUUAUUUUGAAAUUAAUUUAUUUGAUCUGCAAACUCGAUAUCGCCAUUGUAUCGCCGGUGCAUCGCAUUUGAACCGCCGAUACAUCGGUAACCGGUGUCCGGAGCUGAGGGCUCAGCACGAAACGCGCGCAAAGGCCGACUUUGCGUCUUUUCCGCUUGGCGCGUUUCUCGCGCAUUGAUUUCAAACUGACAGAGUUUUUGUCGAGUUUUCUAGCAAGAAACGUAAUCGAAAAUCCUAGUUUUUUGCUUCUGAUCGAUUAAUUGGACCAUUUACUAUCUUGGUUUCAAUUUUCUUUCUUUAUUCUUUCGUCCAAGCUCGGUAUUUUUCUGUUUUUGGGGCCUGCUCUCUAUUUUCGAAAGUCACGCUCCUUCCACAUAUUCUCGCUGUUUUCACCGUUUAUUGGGUGCUACUGACCAUUUAUAAGCGAUUAAUGUUUUAGAUAUAGAAAUGUCUCGUUCGGGUCAAGCAGGCGAGGCGUAUGCACAAGAGUUGAACCGGAAACGAGCUGCAAAUCUCCGCGCGGCCGCCGAUGACGACGAUGCAGCCGUUGGCAACGGGAGUAAAGUCGCGUUCGGAGCGGCCGGAACUUUUGAUACUGUUUGUUAACUUAUUGAGAAAUUAAACUCAAACUUAGAAAUUUUAGGAUGUCUACGGAAGUGUUCGCGGCGAGAGUCGUGAUAAUUACAUGGAUUCGAUCGGAACCGGCGAAGAAGAUGACGUCGAUGAUGAUUCGAUGCCGACAUUACAGAAAAAGAAUGUGAACUAUGCGCAGCCUCACAAAUUCAUCGCGGAAGUCGCUGCUGCAGCGGAAGAUACCGAUCCAUUCGCUGAAACGCGAACCAAAACCAUUGCCGAGCGACAGUCCAAAUACCACGAAAGGGCCCAGCGCAGACAGAUUUCUCCAGACAGAGCUGAUGCGUUCAGUAAGUUAAACAUAAUGUCGUCGUAUCAAAAUAUUUUAUUUCAGUUGAUCAGACCCCAGACAAUCGCAACCGCGGAUAUGCGGAAGUCAUGCGUGAUCAGUUGUUCCACGAGGAGAAGGGCCGCGUCGAGCGGGAGCUCGCAGACAGAGCAAAGGCUGGAGAACUUCAUGUCAGUGGGCAGCCAGAGAAAAAGAAGGGACGAUGGGACGAGACUACCACGGAUAAGAAGGAGUCAGAAAAUCUUGGAGCAGCUUCGGCAACACCCGCUCAAGGAUCCGCUCCUCGUAAACGUCUCGGUUUCUCUAGCAUUAGCGCAGAAGCAGCCACUCCUCGUGUGGCUCGGUGGGAUGAAACUCCGGCUCAUGCGACUGGAGCUGCCGACGCGACGCCUUCCGUUGACAAGUGGUCUUCAACUCCUGCCGCUCAGACUCCUCGUCGUAAUCGUUGGGAUGAGACUCCGAAAGAGAACAUUAACGAUGGAUCGAUGACCCCUGGAUGGGGAAUGGAGACUCCCGCCAGAGGAUCCGACGACGUCAAAAUCGAAGACACUCCUUCCGCUUCGAAGCGUCGUUCCCGCUGGGACCUGACUCCCGCCCAAACUCCCUCAGUUGCAGCCGCCACCCCACUCCAUUCUGGUGCUCAGACUCCUUCCUUCACUCCGUCGCAUCCUUCUCAGACGCCAAUCGGAGCAAUGACUCCAGGCGGAGCCACUCCGAUCGGAACAGCCGCCAUGGGAAUGAAGACUCCGGCUGCACACCUGGUUCCGAUGACUCCUGAGCAAAUGCAAAUAUACCGUUGGGAGAAAGAGAUUGACGACCGCAACCGUCCGUUGACCGACGAAGAGCUCGAUUCCUUGUUCCCGCCCGGAUACAAAACACUUGUUCCUCCGAUGAACUACAUUCCUCUACGAACUCCUUCCCGGAAGUUGAUGGCCACUCCUACUCCGAUGGGCGGUGCUGCAGGAGGAGGAUUCUUCAUGCCAGGAACCCCAGAAAGAGAUGGAAUCGGAGAGAAAGGAGUGGGCGGACUGGUCGAUACUCAGCCAAAGAAUGCCGAACUUCCGCCGCUCAAGCCGGAUGAUAUGCAGUAUUUCGAUAAGUUGUUGAUGGAUGUGGAUGAGAGUCAGUUGACCAAGGAGGAAAAGAACGAACGAGAGAUCAUGGAGCAUCUUCUGAAAAUCAAGAAUGGAACACCGCCGAUGCGCAAGAGUGGUCUCAGAAAGAUAACUGAAAAUGCGAGAAAGUACGGAGCCGGCCCGUUGUUCAACCAAAUUCUUCCACUUCUGAUGUCGCCGUCUUUGGAAGAUCAAGAGAGACACUUGAUGGUGAAAGUCAUCGAUCGUAUUCUUUACAAAUUGGAUGAUCUGGUCAGACCGUACGUCCACAAGAUUCUUGUCGUCAUCGAGCCGCUUCUUAUCGACGAAGACUACUACGCUAGAGUGGAAGGUGAGAACAGUCGAAUUCAGAUGAAAUAAACGCAUAUUGUGUUCAGGACGAGAAAUCAUCUCCAAUCUUGCUAAAGCUGCCGGAUUGGCAACGAUGAUUUCCACGAUGAGACCGGAUAUCGACAACGUGGAUGAGUAAGACCCUUCUGAAUCCUGAAUGGAGUUUACCCUUAUGCAUUGCAGAUAUGUCCGUAACACAACUGCUCGUGCAUUCGCCGUCGUCGCUUCGGCACUCGGCAUUCCCGCCUUGCUGCCUUUCCUGAAGGCCGUGUGCAAAAGUAAGAAGUCUUGGCAGGCGCGUCACACUGGUAUCAAAAUUGUGCAACAGAUGGCCAUUCUGAUGGGAUGUGCUGUCCUCCCGCAUCUGAAGUCACUUGUCGAUAUCGUCGAGACCGGAUUGGAUGACGAACAACAAAAGGUAGACUGACAAAUAGACGUAUUUAGAUUGUUCUGUUCUUCCAGGUUCGUACCAUCACUGCUCUCUGUCUGGCUGCUCUUGCUGAAGCAUCUGCUCCGUAUGGAAUUGAAGCUUUCGAUUCAGUUCUGAAACCACUCUGGAAAGGAAUUCGCAUGCAUCGUGGAAAGGGACUCGCCGCCUUCCUGAAGGCCAUUGGAUACCUCAUUCCUUUGAUGGACGCCGAGUACGCUUCGUACUACACAAGAGAAGUUAUGCUCAUUUUGAUCCGUGAGUUUGCGUCUCCCGAUGAAGAAAUGAAGAAAAUUGUGUUAAAGGUGAGUAUCUCGCAUUUUCCUCUCCGUUUUUUUUCUUUCCAAAUUUCAAUCUUACAGGUUGUGAAACAAUGUUGUGCGACUGACGGAGUUGAAGCCAGCUAUAUUCGUGAUGAAGUACUUCCGAGUUUCUUCAGAGCUUUCUGGAAUCAGAGAAUGGCCAUGGACCGAAGGAAUUAUAGGCAAUUGGUCGACACGACUGUUGAGAUUGCUCAGAAAGUUGGUUGUGUCGAGAUGAUCGCACGAAUCGUCGAUGAUCUAAAAGAUGAGAAUGAGCAGUACCGCAAGAUGGUCAUGGAGACGAUUGAAAAUAUUGUGGCUUUGCAAGGCGCAAAUGAAAUAGACGCGCGUCUUGAAGAGCAGCUCAUCGACGGUCUCCUCUAUGCUUUCCAGGAGCAGACACAGGAAGACUCUGUUAUGCUCGAUGGAUUCGGGACGAUCUGCUCCAGUCUCGGACGCAGAGCCAAGGCUUACGUCCCCCAAAUUUGCGGAACUAUUCUUUGGCGUCUCAACAACAAGUCGGCCAAAGUACGACAACAGGCAGCUGAUCUGAUUGCUCGAAUCGCUCCUGUGAUGCACAUGUGUGAAGAGGAGAAGAUGAUGGGACACAUGGGAGUCGUUCUCUACGAAUAUCUCGGAGAAGAGUAUCCAGAGGUGCUCGGAUCGAUUCUCGGUGCACUGAAAGCAAUUUGCAAUGUUAUCGGAAUGACCAAAAUGACCCCUCCAAUCAAGGAUCUUCUCCCGAGAUUGACUCCGAUUUUGAAGAACAGACACGAGAAAGUACAAGAGAAUUGCAUCGAUUUGGUUGGAGCCAUCGCUGACAGAGGAUCCGAGUUCGUGUCGGCCCGUGAAUGGAUGCGCAUCUGCUUCGAACUGCUUGAGCUGCUCAAAGCACACAAAAAAAGCAUUCGACGUGCCGCCAUCAACACUUUCGGAUUCAUCGCCAAAGCCAUCGGACCGCACGACGUACUGGCCACGCUUCUCAACAAUCUUAAAGUGCAGGAGAGACAACUGCGUGUUUGCACCACGGUUGCCAUCGCAAUAGUUUCCGAGACUUGUGCUCCGUUCACCGUGCUCCCAGCCAUCAUGAACGAGUACCGUGUUCCAGAGAUCAAUGUGCAAAACGGAGUUCUGAAGGCUUUGUCGUUCAUGUUCGAGUACAUUGGAGAAAUGGCGAAAGACUACAUCUACGCAGUUGUUCCCCUUCUCAUUGAUGCUUUAAUGGAGAGAGAUCAGGUGCAUCGGCAGAUUGCAGUUGAUGCCGUCGCCCAUCUCGCCAUCGGAGUGUACGGAUUCGGAUGCGAGGACGCUUUGAUGCACUUGCUCAAUUAUGUGUGGCCAAACAUGCUCGAGAACUCACCGCAUCUCAUUCAAAGAUGGGUGUUUGCGUGCGAAGGAAUGCGUGUCUCGUUAGGACCAAUCAAGGUAUAUUUUUGGGAAUUAAAGGAUAUCAUUAAAAAAUCUGUUUCAGGUUCUCCAAUAUUGUCUCCAAGCACUGUGGCAUCCAGCUCGAAAAGUUCGAGAGCCAGUGUGGAAGGUACUUUUUUCAGAAACGAAUUGGACCUGUUGCAAAAAUAGUAUUAUUUCAGGUGUUCAACAAUCUGAUUCUCGGUUCUGCGGACGCUUUGAUCGCUGCUUAUCCUCGAGUUGAGAACACAGAAACGAAUGAGUACGUUCGUUACGAAUUGGACUACACGCUGUAAACUGCACAGUGCAAACAAUGAUGAUCGGAUCUCUCUCUCUCUCUCUGUCUCUGAAUUAUUCCCUUUUCCAGCCGAAAUAUCAUUUAGUUUUAUCCCCACCUCUUCUCUUCCCGCCCCCGUCUACCAUCUAAACACUGUUGUUUUGGUUGUUUUCUUUACUUCGUUCCUUUUUGUCUCCCACAGACUUCUCUCUUUUCAAGACAAGCUCUUUCCUAUCUUAUUUAUCUAAUCGUCCCAUUUGUUUAACACUCUUCAGUGAGCUCCUUCACCCUAUUCUCCCCAUUCAAUAUAAAAUAAAGACAUGUCAAAUUCAGACUGUUUCUGAUACUUGAAGUCGAAAAUCAGUUGUCUUUUCUCUUCGUAUUACUUCCUUAUAUUUUCUAGUUUCUUUUUGACACCCUUUCAAUGCGCUUUGUUCAGCCGACUUACAAGAACAGAAAACGCGAAAAGAAAACGGGUAAAAAGGCCGCAGAGGAAGCGGUGGACGGAUGUCUUUCGAAAUAGCGCUGGAAGCGGAUGAGCACAUGGAGGUGCCGUCCACAUCCACGGCGCGGCCCGUUCCUCCCGAGACUCUGCCUUCUCCCCAUGAGGUCCCAGAGCCGCCGCUCACUGCUUCGGUUGCUCCCGAUGCCUCGCUGAACGGUAUUUUCAUCGAGGAAAAGAGGCCGACGUGGAAAGCACGGAUUGUCUAUCACACGGUCGACAAAUGUCCGCAUUGCGAUCCCGUGAAAAAGCCAAUGUGCAACAAAGUCGAGGAGCACAUGGCAGUAGUUGUGGUGAGCAGAAAAGGGAAAGGUGCUGCCCCGAAUCGGAACUUCCCGAAUCAGAACUGGUACGAAUCAGAACUAUUUUCAGUGCUAAUUGGUUCUGAUUCGGGAAGUUCCGAUUCGGGGCAACACCAACUGAAAUGAGCUCCUGACACUUUCCUUUUCAGCACGACAGUUCAUUGCCGUGCCAAUUCACGAAGCCGUGCUACGUCACAGUGUCAAAAACGGACGACUCGAACACGGAACACUCGCUCUCCUUCUACAUUCAGACAAUAAUCUUGGCAGAAGCGAAGAAGGUGAACAGUGCGGGCAGCAUCCACCGGAACUCAUCCAGCAAUCGAAACUCACACAUUCUCGACAACAGCGAACAUAAGGAUCUAAUGGCGGAAUUAGAAGGUGAGGAAGGGAAGAAAUCAUUGACUGAGCGAAAGUUAUCUUUCUUUUCCUGCAGUUAUUUCGACGAUCUCAUUGGUCAAGGGAGCGCCAGGACUCAUAACGAAUCGGAUAGAUUUCCUGAAGGCGAACGACAUCGUCACGUGCACUUUGGAAAGCAUCGAGACCGUCUCGCUGGAUAAUGUUCAGCUGACGUUCCGAGAGCUGUACAUGAGUCGAGCGGACAUGUACAGAUACCGCAGCUGUCUCGUCGGACGGAUGACGUACGUGGACGAGCAGAAGAGACAUCUGAACAUCAACACGCGCGUCUCCGAUUUGUGGCGGAAGGGAUCGCUAGUUCGGAGUGGAUUCGUUACCGACAAGACGAGAGUGGUGUUCCGAUCCAGUUCGAGCACGGUGCUGAUAUUCAUUCAAAUGUGUUCCGAGAUGACUCAAAUCGAUCCACAGGGAGACCUGUACCUGGAGAAGUGCAUCAAAGGCUUUCUGACAGAUUUAUUCCAAAAAUGGAGAGAACAAUCGUGCACUCACUACGUUUCCAUUAUUCUCUGCUCAAGAUUCUAUGCGGUGAGAUUAGUCGGAGAACAACAUUUCAACUAUUUGCAAAUUCAGAUCAAAGGAGUUGACGACGCAGCGAAGAAGACAAUGACCGGAGCUUGCGACCAUCGCGGACGAUAUUAUCAGGACUUUUACCGUUUGCUUAUUCAGAAUGAGCACUACGAAGACUGGUUAGACACUCUCAAACAGGUACACGCUGUCGGCAACCCACAAACUCUCCCGUCGUUUCCAGAUCAACCUGGGCUGUACAUCCUACACUUCACAGAUCCAGACCAUGCUGAAGGAGCAGCUGCCGCAUGUUCAAUUCGAGAUUUCAACGGCCGCCGAUGGAAACUUUCUGCAAGUGGUGAAUAUGAGCAUGAAUUCGUUCAGCAUGUACCACACUGACCGGCGCUUUGAAACCACUGGACAACAGGUAACUUAACCUCAUCCAGCAUUUCCAGACCCCCUUUUUCUUUCAGAUCAUUUUUGUCACUCCGGGAAAUGGCGUCCUGCACGUCGACCGUGAUCUGGUCGGAUUGACAAAGCAGAGAGUGAUCGAUAUGGGCAUCUCCCUGGAUAUGGUUUGUCUCGGAGAACAGCCGCUGCACGCCGUCCCACUCUUCGUAUUCCAUCCGAUCGUCGGACAGCAAGAGGAUAAGAACGAGUACUUCAUUCCACAUUGGAUGAACUAUUCCUACUAUCGGACGGUCAAACGAAGCGCCAUUUAUGUGCAAUUCAGUCCUCGAAUUCAGCUUCCCGCUGACGUCCUUUCUGCUCCCAAAAAGAUGAUAAUGGGACAGACGACCUUUGGCAAUUGGCAAACGGAUGAAUAUGAUAAGGAGUACGACAAGAAUAAGCUGGAAAAAGUGUGCGCAGCAAUACAACUGCUGCCGAAAGAAGAGGCGAAUGACGAUGACGAAAUUGUCGUUGAUGCUCCGAAAAUGGGAAAACGAUGGCUGCGCGAGCUGCUCGGACUGCCAUUGGAUCUGGAUGGGGUCAAAGGCGAACCUUUGCAAGACGAACUGCUCCCAGUUCCGGCUCCGAUUUCGAAAAAUGCUCCGCCUCCGCCACCUCUUCCACCUCUUCAACGUUUUCCUCCUCCAUCUGCGCCGCCACCUUCAAGAAGAGUCAGAGAAGAAAUUGAAGCGAACGAAGACUUUGAAGAACCUCCGAAAGAACCGGAAAGUCCGACUGGAUCGGGGCGUCCUGUUUCUGCUGCCAAGGACAUUCAGAAACCGUCGCCGUACAAGGCUCUCCCGCCUGUGGUUCAAAAUUCAGGUAACGCGUGGAAUCUUGAUCAGGUACGUUCUGAAUAUUCGAUUCUAACCGUCGACGUCAAUGUUUUAAGCAAGAUUCCCCUCGAUCAGACCCCUACGAUUCACCGAGACUGCCAGCCGGUUCCAUCGGAUCCAUCGAAACCGCAUCAUGUAAGUGUAAUCAAAAAGUUGCAGAUUUCGGCCAGAUUCUCUUCUCCUCACAGUAAUAUUCAUCCGGUCUCUUUCUAUUUUAGCUGCCUAUACGAAAUUGCAUGUUCGUGCCGCAAUGAACGCAGCUUCUCGUCAAGGAACCGCCGACGCAAUUCAGCCAAUCCGCCCGGAUCCCGAUUUGACGAUUUGGAAGAGACCCGAGACCAACCAGCUGAUAAAUCCGUUCCGUCCGGAAGACUUCGCAGUUCAAGUCACUGCCAACCGGCGCCGAUGGAUCCACGUGUUCCCGAUGGACCAAGAAGGAAAGUCAAAACUGGCACAUCACUACGUCGCAGGACAAAGCAUUGUGCACAUAGUCGGCGCUCCAGAAGACCACAAGAGAAUCGUCGCACGUAUGUUUACUCUGAAAUUCUUGUAAUUAAUUCCUGAUAGUUUUAGAAAUCGGUCUGGCUGCGUUGGAAUCGUCUCGUUCUCCUCCAGAAGUACUGUCGACGAGCAAGAGUCCUGAAAACGUGCUCUCGACGUCUGGAGGUGUCGUGAAAGUGUCCUCUAAACCAGGUUCCGGUGGAAACUCGAGCAAAAGAUACAAAGUGUGGGCCUGGGGAAGUACCGGAGAAGAGAAGUGGAAUGUCGAUUUGGAAAUCGGAACGGAUUGGAAAUCGCUCGUCAGAUCAGCCCUUCUGCCCAUUACCACUGACUUUUUCCCGGACGGACAGACUCUUCAGUUGAUGUUCAAUGUUCACGAGUACAGCGUUCAGUGCAUGGAAAUAGACGAACAGGCUUAUCGAUACGGGCUGUACGAGCCAGACGGCUCCAGAUCGCCAGAUGAAGAGACGAUCACAGGCAGUCUGACAUCGCACGGAUUCCGACGCGUCAGGGAGAAAGAGAAGCCGUCAAUGACUCAAUUGGUCUAUCAGCAACUGAUUCUGCAACGUCUCCAGCGUGGAUAUCAGAUUGUUCUUCUUGAUAAGAGUCUCGUAGAAUUGAGUUGUGAAGCUGUCAAAGCAUCGACGAAUCGUAUCGAAAAGACGAGCCUCCCCAAGUCUCCUAACGAAAGAAGCGAGGAAAGAAGGGAAGAGAGAAGAAUCGGGCGGCGACCACUGGAACUCGAGAUCGUGCUCUCAUUCAACAAGUUCUAUCACAGACUGAAGAUGGACGAGGAGAACAAACAGGUGCACGUUACGACGUUCCGUCCGAGAGACGCAAUGCCGGAGGAAGUGGAUGGCUUCCCGGGGUGGUGUGAAAGACCGUCAAUCGAGACUGAUUCGUAUGAGGAGAGUCCGUUCGAUGCGGACGCACGCGAUGACGAACUCAACUCGCGUUACUUUAACACAGUCUACUCUUACUACUUCCAGGUUGGUCGCGUAGAACACUCUCUCCAUUCCAAUUAAUUAUUUUCUACAGGUGCCGGAUGCGCCCACUUACGAGAAGAGUACCACUAAACUACGUCAUCAUGGUCUUGACAAAUUGAACUGGUCACAGUUUGACGUCGCCUUCCGAAACAUUUUCGACGAUAAUCUUUACGCGGAUUCAAUGAAAUGCUUCUCCGCCACAUUUCUCGUAGUGCUUCACCCCUCCGAUAUUCUGAAAACGAAACUUGAAGUGAAGCAAGGGAAAGGGCAAGGAAUUCAGUUCAGAGAUCCGAAAGAGUUCGAAGCGCCGAACGAGGCGUGGUACUCGAGACUGACGAAGUUGCUGCUGCUGAUGAACAAGCUACAGUACACGAGGACACCGCCCGAUCCGAGUUCGUUGAAGGAAAGGGAGAACAAGUUGAAGAAGGACGACAUCUCGAUGAAAAACGUAAUGGAUGAGUUCAAAGAGAGCCCGUAUGUCGGAUUGGUCAGUACGAAUGAGAAGCAGAUGACCGUCAAGCAUCCGAAAGACAUGUUCGUCAUCUACGACUUUGCCCUUUGGCUCAGACGUAAGAGGGACUUCUUUCCGUCUUUUAUCCCGUCUUCAUUCAUUUUCAGACAACGUGGAAGGAAUAAACAAUCCGAAAAAAGCGAUGAACUACAUCCGCAGAGUGGAAGAAAUUGGACGUAUUCAGGUUAUCACCACGAGUAAGCUACACGAAGAAUGCCCGUGUUAAGCCCCUAAUGAAGUUUCAGAAACUCCUAACAAUCCGGAAUCGAUCAUGUAUGUGUCGGGACUCCGAAAGAGAGGAGUUCACUACGGCUUCCAGUUGUGCCAUAUUGCUGAUCCGGAAGUUACCAUUACGAAUAUGAAAGUGUCUCGCUUCAUGAUGGUCGAGUACUCGUACAAGAUUUGCGACGAGGAUGAGACUGAAUGCGUAUGGAAGCAACACGGAAGCAUCGACAUGGAACUGGCUCCUUCUACAGCCGACUCACCACUGGGAGAGUGGACCAGAGUGAGAGAGAAGUGAAAAGAAUCGCCUGUAAAGAGAACUUCAGAUAUACUACGACCACUGGUUCUAUCCGGACACUGCCUUCCGGUUCACAAUGAAAUGGGUGAUGGCGACAGGUCAAACGGUGGCCGACACGGUGCUCUCCUGGUUCAACAAAGCAUCCAAACAGGGAAUGUCUCUGUAUCCGGUGCCGGAAGAUCCGUUCGCUCUUGCUCAAGACACUGACUCGAAUCCGCUGAGAUGUCCCAUCAGAAUACAUAUGAAAGAAGGCGUCAUUGAGCACGAAGACGAACGGGAAUUCCUGCUGAGAAUCCUGUUCCGUUUCGGGUUCAUUGACAUUGGCUGCAAUGUGAAACAUGAUUUCUCCUCGCCUCGUACCGAAUCUUCGUCCUCCGAGCACGCGAGACUCCUGUUCUCAUCCCCGUCACCGACUGGAAAGGCGACUGAUGAUGAUCAAGAUGACACCAAAUCUCUGAAUUACAUCCAUCAAGCUGGAGGAAUGUUCAUUUCUCUUGUGUUGUCUGAUAUUCAACGCACACCGCCCUUCUUCUAUUGGGCUUGGAAUCACAUGCUCAGCAACCGAUACAGAGGGUCAGUUUCUCACCUUCCCUCCUCUUUUCUCACUUCCUAUUUUCAGACAGUGCUCUGAAAAGUUCCAAGACUAUCUGCUCUCCGAGUUUCGUACUGUUUGCUCCGACACGGACGGCGUGCUCACAAGGCUCUACGCAGAGUUCCUUGAGGAAAAAGCGGAGCGGAUGGCGCGUCAGCGCAUCUCAACACCUCCGACGUUCGAAUGA